AUUUAAUAUGGAAAUAGCCGGUAAGCCAUAGCAAUCAUUCACAUCCGGAGGGUGGCGGUAGUGCACUAACAUAGUCUGCAUCCGCCGUUAAAUGACAAAGAAGACGAACACUCUCUUCCAUUCAAACCUCUCCAUCACCAUGGGCAAGACCAAAGAGCCGUCAGAGGACCUCAGUGAUAAGAUUGUAGACCUGCACAAGACUGGAAUGAACUAAAAGAGCAUCAACAAGAAGUAUGGUGAAAAAGAGACCCCUGUUGGUGUAAGAAUUGAUACAUGUACAGGAAGAGGACUUUUUUUUUUCCCCAAUGAAGUACAAAUUAAUUUGUAAAUGUAUUUAAUGUACUACUAUAACUAUAACUCAGCAGGGGAUGAAAUUGUUAUUAUCCCCACUAUAUACAGUAUGAAGCUUGUAGCAUUAGUAUUGGUCGCUUUAGCAUUGGUAGCAGCAGUGUUAUUUUCCUGAGCACCGUGGAGCUUUCUCUCAGCUGCAGCAGCAGAAGGCAAACAUGUUUAAUCAUCAUGAUGGAGGAGCGUGUCAGGUUGUAUUGGAUCACCUCCUCCGCUGUCAUGUCAGGACAUUGAGGCCCAACAUCAAUCUGAAUGCUCUGGAAGUUGCUCUGUACUUCAGGAAUGUUGGUUAGUUUUUCGUCCUUUGAAGGUCGUCCUCGGCGCGAGCAUCAUAAUGAUCACUCUUAAUCGUCAGUGAUGACACUGCUUUAACAGUCUAAGGUGUUUUGGUUGAAGGUCAGAGUUCAUCACCACGGUGACAGCAGUGUGUGUGUAUCGUUGAUGGGAUGCCAGAGUUCAUCACGAUUCAGCAGUUCCGUUCCAGACGCUGAUGUGCACGUCUGGUUCCUGGAUACACAUGAGACAUAAACGUGGACAAAUAAAGCUUAUUUGACAGGAGGAAAACAAAAAUAGUUCAAUUCUUAGGCCACGUUUAAGCUUUUCAUGCACUUUACUACGUUAAGAUGAUAUUUGCUAUAAACAUGUAGAUCAUUGCGGUAAAGCAGCACAGGGAGAUGGAAAGAAAACAUUAUUCUUCAAAAUGUUGCCUCUCUCUAAGGACUUUUUUAAGACUCCAAAGUUCAAAUUUUGGAUAACCUCGAAAAUGAAGAAUGUCAAGAACAGAUUCAUGUAUCUCAAGUGAAAUGGUAUGGAAUACUUACAUCAGUACACUUCAGUAAGCACACUGUGUAUUGUCUACUCACUCCUUCUUCUGUUCAUUACUUUCCAUCCCUACAGGUUGCUCCUCAGCCACCACUAGUUCCAGUGGGAUUUAAUCGGACAGAAUUUUUCUCUACAGACGGUGUGAGGGCCAGUAUUGUUAUUUAAAAAAAAGAUUAUAAUUAAUAGUAUAUAUUACCAUACGUUACCAUUAACCCCAGUCCACUGUGUCAAGUGCUGGCAUCAUCACAAUCCAGCCACUUAAUAUAAAGGUGAAUUCUAACACGAUACAUAACUGGCAGGUGGCUAUAAUAACAUUAUUAAUAAGGCAAGAUACCCACUUAACCCUUUUUCUUCAAAUACAUUGUCAAUGAUACAUCUGACUUUCAUUUCUGCGAGCAACUUUGAGCGUUAGUAACUUCCACCGGUGAUCGCUGGUGCUUGUAAAUUGGGUGCUCAGCCAAAUGUAACAAGCAUAAAUAGAACGGCUCGGUCAUAAAGGGUUCAGACAACUCCAAACCUCUACACUACAACAUCAACUGGAGCAGUUCACAAUCAAUAUUUAUCCAAAAACAUGACAAAAUAUAAACCUUUUAAAUAAAAUACAUAUACUCACCAGAGAUGUCAAUUUUACCACAACAGUCAGCCAUUGCAGGUGUAACUUGGCUUGUCAAACAGUUUUAUUCUGAUCAACCAAUCAGAGGACGGAAAAAUGCCAGCUGACGUCCAUUUUUGUAAACUUCUCUUGCCAUCCAUCCCCAAAUGUUCUCAGUUGGAUUUAGAUCAGGGGAACACACAGUAUGGGCCAAAACUGCAGUGAACUGCAGUGUUGUCCUGUUGAAAAAGCCAGUCAUAACCACACAGACGAGGGCCUUCAGUCAUGAGGGAUGCUCCCUGGAACAUCUCCACAUAGCCAUUGGCCGUUUGAUGCCCCUGCACGACCUGAACUCCAUUGUUCCAUUGAAGGAAAAAUCACACCAGAUCAUGAUGGUGCCCCCUCCACUGUGCCAUGUGGAAAACAUCUCAGGUGGGAUCUCCUCGUCAUGCCAGUAACGUUGGAAGCCUUCAGGACCGUCAAGGUUCCAUUUUUUCUCAGAGAAUAAAACGUUCUUCCACCUUUUAAUGUCCCAUGUUUGGUGCUCUCGUGCAAAUUCAAACGGGCAAUUUUGUGGCGUUGAAGGAGACGAGGCCUUUGAAGACAUUUUUGUUCUUUAAAACCUUCUCUCACAGAUGCCGUCUGAUGGUUAUUGGACUGCACUCGGCACCGGUAACAACCUUCAUUUGGGUCGAAGAUCAUCCCGUGUCUUGACGGACAGCCAAUCGGAUCCUCCGGCUUAGGGCCGGUGACAUUUUUUGGGCUCUACGUUUUGACUUUUUUGUUCCAUAACCCUCAGGAUCUUUCAAGAAGUUUCAAAUGACUGUCUUACUGCGUUCAACCUCAGCAGCAAUGGUGCACUUAUGCAGCUCAACUAUCUGACCGUGUUCAAAGAGAGAAAGCUUUUGUGCGUUUGCCAUCCAGAGAUCCUGACAGUGUGAAUACCUGACAGAAAAUGACAUUGAAUCCACAUUUUUUGGGCUGAGGCUGUGGUCUUAUACUUUUUAGCAGCUGUUGAACAGCCUAUUUCAUUUUAAUGCUUAUUUGAAAUAAAUUGCUUAUUCCAAAUGUUUUUUGUCUCAGUCCCAUUUCUUCUUUUUGCAUUUUGGACCUCCAAUUAGAACCUCCUUAAGAUCAAACAAAAUGUAAAUCCUUGCCAAUUUUUGAACUGGUCUUAAGAUUUUGAUCAGGAGUGUAUUACAAGAGUUCUAUAGAAAGGCCUUCCCUUUCUAACAUGAAAAAACGCAGUCACACUAAUGCAGCAUUUGAUUAGUUUCUAAGCUGUUCCUGCAGGAACCUCUCAGCUGCAGAGGUGAUUUCCCCCCCCCCCAGUUUGUUCCCUCCCAGUCUGUGUCAGGAUGCUGGUUUCUCAACUAACAGUCCUCCACAUCCACAAAAUCUCAUCUUUCCCCUCCUCCAUCUCACCUAAAACCGGAGGACGUCUUCAUCUGGUAUGAUGACUUCCACACUGAAAAAGGAUGAAAAUGUGUGACGUGACUGAUUCGAGAGGACCUCUGCAGCGUCGUCAUGCUCUCGGCCGCCCGAGCGUGAAAUUGCACGUUGCAGUCGGAGGACGACUGCUGCCACCUAAAGGUCAGAGGGCUGGCGCCGCGUCGGCACGGCAACCAGCGCCGUUAACGGGCCUUACACAAUGAUUAAACGGCCGCAGGGGGCUUAACUCAAGCAGACAGGUGCAAGGAAGCUGCAGGAUCCUCUCGGCCGAGCAUAUAAUUGGACUUCUUGAUGGAUGAAGUGUGAUGCUAAGAGGUCAGAGAGCACAAGCAGAAUUUGAAACAAUUUAUUCCAUUUUUAUUCACAAAAUAAGCGCAUACAGAUGUCACUGAUUGUUCAAAUCCAACACAGACGAUGACUCGUGUAAACAGUCCUCCAUGGCUUGCAGCUCCUGGACUUCAGAGCAGUGGGGGCCACAGUGGAGGCAGAGGAGGCGUUGGGCUUUGGGAAUGAUGGCGAGGGCGGACCUUCUGAACCCACUGCAAGUGAGAUGGAAUAUCCCCGUCACAGGUAUAUUUUUAAAAACAUUCUACGUGGCAGACUCACCCGUUGAAGUGCAGCUGAGCUAACUUGAAGAGUUGUCGAGCCAUUUCCACGCUGUCCUCCCCAAACUGGGAGCCGAUGGCGAUGGUGCUACGCUCCAUGUGUGAGGCUGCAAGGCUCCACUGGCCUGCAGGAAUAAGCAGAGAUGUGUUCUUCAUUUAUGGACUAGUGAUGUUCUUCCUCUUGACCCCAUUAACACUCCAUCAAACUCCCACCCAUUGUGGCGUGCGCUCUGGCCAUGGCGUCUGCAACCUCCCCCUGUAGAGGGUGCGCCUCUGCUAGCGUCCCGUCUGACUGACGCCACGUUCUUUCCAGCAGGACGAGGGCCUCGCCUGAUGAGAAGGGGAGAUGAACAUGUAGACUCCUGCCUGAGAGAAUUAAAUGAGAUUUCAGAUGGGGACUCACUUGGUCUUUGUCUCUCCAUGAGGUCCACGGCCAAGUCCAAGUCCUGCUGGACCUCCUGCAGCCUCUGUCUGACCUCAGAGGAUGGCAUCAGAUAGCCACAAGAUGGGUCUGGGCAUUUAAAGUGUCUUCCUGUGUCCUUCAUCUGGGGAUAGUAUGACAGCACAGUUGUCUAGUUGUUAGCACUGCUGUGCCUCACAGCAAGAAGGUUGUGAGUUUGAAUCAGGGGUGUCCAGAAUUUUUCCACCGAGGGUCGCAUACUGAUAAAUCACAGGAUUCGGCGGCUGUUUUUAAAAUUUAUUUGGAAACAGGCUAAAACCAACACAUGUAGGUAUGCAAAGAAAUUAUAUCUAUUUAAAGUUUUUUUUUUCAACUUUUGCUGUUAUUUUCUUGUUUAGUUGUAUUCUCAUAAUGUGCCACAGGCCAAUAGAGAACAAACUGUGUGCCUCAAAUGGCCCCCGGGCUGCACUAUGGACACCCCUGCUCCAAUGUGUAUUCAGUUUUUCCAAAAAUAUGUGAUAAUUCAUUGAAUGCUCUACGUCAGUGCUUGUCAAAAAAUGUGGCGCGCCCCCGGUGUGUGUGGGGGGGCGGAAGGGUCAGAGAGGACUUUCAGUAUCACUGUUCUGCUCCCGCUAACAUUUGGUCUCUUCUUUCUAGCUCAGCAGACAGACAACAGAUAAUGACUCCAGUUGGGGCGGGCAUGACAGAAAAUAAAUGAGAACCUCUGCUCUGAUGAAUGGUCAUUAGUCACGUGAUUGACAGGUGAUCUUACCACGAGGGAAGCCUUGCACUCAGCACACAGCAGUCCAGAUGUUCCACCUCCACAUUGCCCUUUCGUAUCCUCUAUCUGGUCCUCCGUCUGCAUACAGGCCUCACACUCGCACAGGAAGAAGUACUGCUCCUGCAGGAGGCGCCUGCGCUCCCUGGUAGCCAUCCUGCUGUUGUGAGGACCUGAGAACCAGAAUAGGACCUCCCAUCACGUCCAAAAUCUGCUCAUGUUCUUUGCAUACAUUUGUUCCUACCAUAGCAGUGUGUGAUCUCUUGUCCAGGAGACACGCUUUGGGACGCUCUUAUGGUGACAGCGACGCCGCUGCCGUCAGUGGGGGUGUCUCCCGUGCUGAACACCAGGCUGGUGUUGGGACGACAGGAGUGGUUGAGCAGACUCAGUGUUGGGAAUAUGGCUGUGGCUAUGCGUGCUUCCUGACUGGACUGCACUAGGGCGUCUGACGGACCUGGCAGGGACAAAGCAGGAAGUCCUUCGCGUGGUGUCACAAAUGACUAUGAAUUGAAUGAUACUCUUAACGAGCGUCACCUUGCUCUUGAAGCGUGAUAACAGCCUGGCCGUUGCACCGUAAUUGCAGCAGGUGCCUCAACGCCACGCUUCCCAACAGCUGCCACUCCGGGCUCACAUCCAAGUCUGCGUCCUGAUCUGACUGUCCCGUCAGUGGUCCACUGAGAUCCUUCGAUGAAGGCGGUGGUCCUGUCCUGUUGAGCUUCAUGCAGAGCGUCGCUAUGGUGACUGCACACAGGAAAUGCAUGCUGGGACUCUGGUGGUUCAAGUGGUGCAACAGGUGGAACACGCUCAUGUAGGAGUGACCGGAAUAUUCUGAGGGACGUGCGUUCUCUCGAGAGGACUCCAUGGCCACACGGAUGUUCUUCACCCCAGCUUUUAGCACUACUCUAAGCGCAAGCUGUGACAUCACACCCACCGCCAUCAGAUACUCCCCGAGUGGACACUCCCAGCGGUGGUGUUCCUCCCAGGCCAGCUUCCGACAGCCAUCAGAACAAUAGCGGCUGUAAGCACACCCCCCACACGGCACCGGACUUAAUGUUUGGACCAAACACCUGUGACAGCACCUGCACUCAGUCCCAAGCAUGUCCCCCAUAACUCCCUUCAUGCUCGGGAUGAGGACGCAGCUAUAAGGCCUUUCGCUGAGGAUCACCUCCCCGGCUGAUAUUCUCUUUGCAGCCACCAGGUGGCGACCUUUCUUUGAGCUGAAGUGAACAGCAGCUUGGGGACAAAGUCCUAAUGUGAGAGGUCCGCUUGGUGGUCUUUCUGCUAUUUGUGGACCUCUGUGGGUGUCUGAGGAAGAGAGGUGUGUGAGGCACUGUGCGCGGCGCUUCUCUAGCUUUUCUAAAAGAUGAGAAGGGUAGCUGUUCCUCUUUGCUUCCUCAAUGUCAUCAAGAGCUUCCUGAAACAAUGAGAACAGUUCACACAGCUGGCCUUUCCUGAACAGAACAUAAAUGGAUUUGCAUGUACUUUAAAGGGUCCUUGACAUGAUUUUCAACAUUGCUUAAAUAUGUUAUAUGUUGUUUGUAAUUAGGUUCUACAUUGUUCAAUUUUUGAAAGCAAACAGUAAAUUAGUAAAAACUACAUUUAUAGCUCAUGGCGCCACCCAUGAUGAGCUCGCUGUCGCUGUUCGAUCUCAUUUCUGGGUUAGGGUUAGGACGUCAUCGUGGUGACACCUCUCAGCUACACAAACAUGGCAGCGUAUGAGACAGAGUAUGUUUACGGUGAUUGUAGGAAAAAUUUGAGCCAUGUGUCAAUAGUUUUCGAGGAGAAAAAAAGGGAGAAACAUUUGGAGAUGAAACAGAGAAUUUGCAAAACAAGGACUUAAGCCUUAAGGCAUGGAGAUGAAGAUUGGUCACCUUCAAAACACAGAAUGAUAAGUGUAUAUUACUCUGGAGUUGCUUACCCUUCAAUUAUUGUUUAAAUCGGCUUCUUAAUUGGCGUAAAGGGGUCUUGUAGCCUUUUUUACUGUGCAUUUUGCCGCCUCCGCACCCACUGUCAACAUAAUGCUGUGAAAAGAUGUUUAUAUAACAUGUACAGGUAUAAUGCUUUGCAGUCUUGUUGCUAUGGUGGCAUAGUGUUCAGAAUACAAUAUGUUAACAAGACAUGACUUACUCUGUUAUGUGGCAACUUUGACAUCAUUAUUGUUUUUUUUCCUGUGUACGGAAUAGCAUCCUUUUUCAAAAUGCCUUUAUACAGUACUUUCAAGCCAAAUGCUUCUUGUAAACGUGUGCCUUCAUAGCAGUCAUCACUGAAAUGUUCACUGCAAAGAACAGAACUCGAGGUGGCCGUCCAUUUGUCUCUCGUUCUCUGUAUUUGGUUCGUCCAUUGUAGUCUUAAACCUUCGUCUUUUGGAAAAGAAAUCAAACUUACAGUAUCACUCGGACACUGUGAACAUCCAGCAGCAACACAGCAUUUUGGCAUGACUACUCUUUUGAUGAAAAAUAUAAGGAACAAAGUCGACGAGCUACCUGAGAAGUGUUUGUUUACUCAGCUUUGGCUAAGAGGUUUUAACUCCACUGAUGUCACUUCCGGAAAUGACGCUUUGCUGCGACGAGUUUAUCAUGGCUACUAUAAAUGUAAUUUAUAUAACAUAUUUAAGCAAAGUUGAUAAAUGAUGUCAGGGACCCUUUAAGGAAACGGUGUUUUGGUAGCCCAUUUAGGUAGCCCUCUGCUGAUUGCUGAGAUGGAGCUGGACAUAUCAGCUGUAAUAAAGGGAGGAAAACAAGACUUUACCUGAUAGUGAUGCAGGUGGUAGAGUGCUGCUGAGCGGUUGGCGUAGCACAGGGACAGCUGCUCUGAACUUCGGGGGGCGAAGCAUACGCCCUGUCAUGGCAGGAGACAGACGCACUGGAUGUUUGGUGCACAUUCAUCAAAAGCAGAUCAUAGUAACUGCAAGUCUGGAGCCACAAAAUCACCUGUGAGUAAUGCAGGGUUGCGUCAGUGUACUUCCUGCUCUUAAAGCUAGUGUUGCCUCUCUCCCUGCAUCUGGCUGCCGCCUCUGAAUCUUUGUGUCCAUGGUGUCCUGCAGAGAUGCUUUGUAGACAGCACACAUCAUCUUGUCUGCAAUCACAAACAUCAGACUUAAUUUGUGUUUUAUACCUAAACAGUGGAUCUUUGUUCAGUGCUACUGGGAAGCUUAUGCAUGACUCACGUGACAUUUUGCAGAGACAUACAAAUAAGUAAAUUGAACCACUUUUUAGCAUUAACAUCAACUCACGUUGUCACACUUAGGGCGCUUUUAAAGAUGUCUUCUAUUUCACGUACGGACUUGAAAUGUUCUUUAAAUUCAGGUUCGAGUCCGGCCCAUUUACGAGCAACGUGGUCUUGCCACGGCACACACGGCAGAUCCAUUCAGGAAAACUAUAUACUUUCAUUGGAGGUGGAAAGUUUAUAGGUUUAUCGUCAGCCCGCAACAUCGGCUAGCUGCCGCCAUAGCAGCAUUGCCAAGGUAGGUUUGUAACGAGAUGGUUCCUAUUGAGUCCCUUCAAAAUAAAACAUAUUUGACUUCUUAUUUUGGUUAACUUCUUUGUUUCUUGCCCUAAUCCCCAUAGUGGUGGCUUUGUGUACUUUUCAGUAGCCAAAUGUAGGGAUGGUACAAGAUGAGUCAUACUUUUGCUCUUAUGUCAUUGCUGGCUAAAAUGUUCAUUUUAUUUUGACGACAGAAAUACGACCUAUCCGGUCCACGGUGAACUGGACAAGUCAGGGCAUUUAAAAGGCAACCUUUCAGCUCCAGAAUAUUUUGACAUGAGCGUCAAACUCACACAAGGGGCCAUUGAGGCCCUGUUCAAUGAGUCUCACGUUAAGGAUCCAGUGUUGCAGGUUUUGGCUUCCUGAUGGCCAGCCAGUUAAACCACCUGGUGGAGUCUCAGCAGCUGACCACAGGCUGCGUGUGCAAACUCAAGAAGAUCACAGCGACGUAUUUAUCCAACAAGCAAGUGCUGGUCUUGUUAGACAUGGAAGUGUUGCAGACUGCCGAAGAGACCGGAGGGAAGAUUGGGAAUCCCAAGCAGUUAAAUGCUCGGGAGGUGUCAGACAUGAGUACCUCGGUUGCAGAACCCUCCGUGUUUGAUGAAACACCUGGACCAUCUGCAAUCAGCAUGACAACUCAUGGACAGGUACUCAGGGGAAACUCGCCUAUGAAACUGUCCCCCAUGAAGGCAUCUGAGAUGGCGGCCCCCGCGCAGGCUUCCCCUAGGGAGAUGUCGGCCAUAAAAGGAUCCCCCAUGCAGGCUUCUCCUAUGAAGAUGUUGCCCAUAAAAGGAUCCCCCAUGCAGGCGACUCACAUGCCACCAUCCCCUAUGAAGGAGUCCCCGAUAGAGUCUCCUAGCCCCUCCAAGAGUCCGACAAAAGUGGUGCCAAUUGAGAGACUCAACCCCUAUGUGAGCAAUUGGACCAUCAGAGCCAGAGUCACCAGCAAGUCCAACAUCCGCCAGUGGAGUAACUCCAGAGGGGAGGGGAAGGUCUUCUCCUUUGACAUUGUGGAUGAGAGUGGAGAAAUCAAGAUCACGGCCUUCAACAAGGAAGUGGACAAGUUUUUCUCUCUGGUGGAGCAAAACAAGGUCUUCUUGAUCUCCAAGGGCUCUCUGAAGGUGGCCAACAAACAGUUCAACUCUCUGAAGAACAAGUACGAGGUGACGCUCAAUGCCAACUCGCACAUCGUGCCCUGCCAGGACAGCAAGGGCUUACCCACCAUGCACUGCGACUUUGUGCCCAUCUCACAGCUGGAGGACAUUGAAACGGACGCAAUCGUUGAUGUGAUAGGCGUGUGCGAGGAGGUGGAGGACGUGUCUGUCGUCAACACCAAGGCUGGCAAACAGAUCCAAAAGAGGGUGCUCAUGCUGACGGACUCGAGUGGAAAGAUGGUGGCGCUCACACUGUGGGGAGACGAGGCUCAGAAUUUUAACACGUGCCCUCACCCCGUGGUUGCCAUCAAAGGAGCGCGCUUGUCGGACUUUGGCGGCCGCUCGCUCUCAGCACUCUUUAGCUCCACACUCAUGGUCAACCCUGAUAUCACUGAGGCCUUCAAACUGAGAGCCUGGUACAACCAGGUAGGCCACUCCUUCCAAAGUCAGUCCUUGACAGCAACCAAGUCCAUGGGUGAAGAAAUCAGGACCAACUGGAAGUCUCUCAACGACAUCAAGGCGGAACAAAUGGGGCACAGCGAGAAGGCGGACUACUUCAGCUGCGUGGCCACGGUUGUGUACAUGCGCAAAGAGAACUGUCUGUACCAGGCGUGUGCCACCGCCUCCUGCAACAAGAAGGUCGUGGAGCAGAACGGGCGGUACCACUGCGAGAAGUGUAACAAGGACUUCCCCAACUUUAAAUACAGAUUUAUUCUCAUCGUCAACUUAGCAGACUUUGGGGACAACCAGUGGGCGACAUGCUUCCAGGAGACAGCUGAAGCCUUACUGGGUCACAGCGCUGAAGCUCUGGGACAUCUGAAAGACACAGAUGAGGAUGCAUUCAAUGAAGUGUUCCAGAAAGUCAGCUACACAACACACAUCUUUAAGAACCGAGUCAAACUGGAGACGUACAAUGAUGAGAGUCGAGUGAAGGUGACAGUUCUGGAGGUCCAUCCGGUGGACCACAGGCAGUACAGCAGGAGGCUGUUGGCCAACAUCCGCACGCUGUCCUACAGGACCUGAGUGAGCCCAGUGGUCCAAACAACCAACAUCAGAACUACACUACAGUUUUAUUUUGGCUGGUCCAGAACUGAAUCACGUCAUCAUUUUAUUCUUUUUUUUUUUUUUUUUUUCCCUGUCCUGUCCAGCCUUUAAAGCAGAUAGAAUUGUAGAUCUAAAUGCCGUCCAGUGCUCAACAGAUUUACUCUGCCAGGGAGAAGUGUGAUAUACACUUCCCCUGUCAUACAAAAUUUAUUUGACUUUGAUGCUUGUUAUAAAGCAAAUUUGGAGCGACUGGACCGGAGCAGGAGGGGAAAGAGAAGAAGAGAAAAGGAAGGGGGGGGGAGAUGAGAGGGGGACAACAAAAAAAAGAGAGACAAGAGACAAGGACAACAGCAGCAACAACAACAAUUGUGAUAGAACAACAAAAACAUACAGGACGACAUCAGCAAAUAAAUGUCUGUGACAACUAUAAAGACGAACAAGGACAUAAGGACAAAACAAUAUCAACAACCACAAUGACAAAGCUGUCAAUGACAAUCACACAUAAUAGCAGUCAUGAAAUGAUGAACUAUGAUAGUGAUCACAAUGACAAUACUGCAUUGAAACAGUCACACAUAAUAGCAGUCAUGAAAUGAUGAACUAUGAUAGUGAUCACAAUGAUAGCAUUGAAACAGUCACACAUAAUUGUAGUAAUGAAAUGAUUAUCCAUGAUAGUGAACAGAAUGAAAAUUACUGUAAUGCACAUCAUUGUAAAAAGAAAAACAAACAAAAAAAAAACUAUAGUCAUGCUGAUAUCACCAUUGCCGUAAUAAAACCAACAACAUAACACCCUGGAUAACUCAGUGAGUAAUGUGGGGAAGUACGUAUGUACUGUGAGUGUGCAUAUGUACAGGUAUCUCUGUAUGUCAGGAAGACUUCAUAUAUAUAAAGGUGCAAGAAUGUGUGGGCGUGUAAUUGUCACUGAGAAUGCAUGAAAGGAAAGGGGCCGCCUUCCACCUCCCAGAGAGCCCCGCCCCAAAUAGCCAGGCCGGGCCCCGGCCGCCAGAAGGCCACCAGGCCCACAGGGGCAGGCCGCACAAAGAUCAGUGCCCCAAGAGUCAGCCCAGAGUAUGUAUGCGUGGAACGUGUACGUGUUCGUGUUUUAAUAUUUAUAGAGGCAUGUGCUUUUUGUAAGGGCUCAGUUGGGGUGGACUGGGGGUUUCGAGUGUUAAUAUAAACCAGGAAGAAAAUAUUAAAAUAGUUUUUCAGACAUUUUUGUUCUAUCGUUAUUUUUGCGCUUGCUGUUGUAUUUCCACUUCCCUUUGACAGGAACAUAAAGUGGAUUAACAUGAUGGAACAAGGACGCCCUGCGUCCCAGCGAGGAGAAGGCAGAGUGCCAAUUCAUGUUGACAGCCCAACCAGCACCAGUACCACCUGCUUGCACUGGGCUUUGACACCUUGAACAAGGUGAUUUCUUCAUCCAGGUGACACAUCCACACUAACAUGCUUUGUCCCUUGUUCGUGCUUACACGUCAGCUGUACUGUAGUACAGUGGUGAGAAAGUGUUUGACCCCUUACUGAUUUCUUUGUCACACUUAGAUUUUUCAGAUCAUGAAAAAAAUUGAAAUAUUUAUCAAUGACAACCCAACUGAACACAGAAUGCAGUUUUUAAACGCACAUGGCCCUGUGUGGAAAAGUCAUUGCUGCCCCUGUUGGUUUAACUUUUUAGAAGGUGUGUGUCCCAUUAUAUCUGGUUCAGAAAAAGAACAUCAUACCAACAGUAAAAUGUGGUGGUGGUAGUGUGAUGGUCUGGGGCUCUUUUGCUGCUUCAGGACCUGAAAGACUUUCUGUGAUAAAUGGAACCAUGAAUUCUGCUGUCUACCAAAAAAUCCUAAAGGAGAAUGUCCAGCCAUCUGUUUGUGACCUCACGCUGAAACCAACUUGGGUUCUGCAGCAGGACAAUGAUCCAAAACACACCAGCAAGUCCACCUCUGAAUGGCUGAAGAAAAACAAUGAAGGACGUCAGUGCAGCAUGCACGCCUGCCAUAACCACCCAUUCAUCUCUCCUGCUUGGAGAGAACUGACCAUGUUUCGGUCCUUCCCGGGCACACAUUUCACGCCACCUCCGCAUUUAGUGUACACAGACGUGGGCGGGUCUCUGCACACUUGAGAGGAGUGGUUUUGCAUAAAAUUUAGAUUUACCAUUUACAUAAACAUUUACAUAAUAAAAAAUUAAAAUAUAGCAUACAUUUCCAUGUGUAUGUACAUUUAAAGAUUUAUUUUAAUUAUAUUUAGAUUUAAGAUAAAUUUUGAACAUAACAUCUACUAUAUACAGUAAUACAAAUGUAGAGUAAACCUUGAGUAUCGGCCUACAUACUUUUAUGGCUUAUUUUGUAGUGUGGAAUGUUAGGAAAGGCUAAAGCGAGGAAAGUAUCAAAGAUACAAUCAGUAGGAAUGAGGAACACUCUUAUCACAUGUUUUGAUUAGUGUUGGUUGUUGAGGACCGACUGACGUUUAUUUU